AUGAAAUCAGUUUUGGCCAAUUUGGGAUUAGCCCUUCAACUUUUGGCGUUAACGUCAUCCGUCCACGGUCUACUGGGUCCUCAAAUCACAUUACCCGAUGGAGACAUCAUCACCGGUAACUACGAACCUCUCAACAACCUUGAAUCUUAUUUGGGUAUCCCAUUUGCGGCUCCGCCGGUCGGGCCGUUGAGAUUCAAACCCCCCCAGCCAUACACCGGGAGCUUGAAUGGUUUCCAAGCUCUGGCAUACGGCCCAUCGUGCCCUCAAAUGGAGAUUGCAUCGGGUGCGUCAGGAAUUGUCGGUAACUUGCCACAGGAUGUUGUGAGCUUGGUAAUGCAGACCCCGUUGUUUAACGCGAUUAUUCCUCAAUCCGAAGACUGUUUGACUCUCAAUGUGUACAGAAAGAGAGGUCUCUCUUCUACCGCCAAGUUACCAGUGAUGUUCUGGAUUUUCGGCGGUGGGUUCGAAUUUGGUGGCACCAAUUACUACUUACCGCAACAGUUGAUGGCGCAGGGUGCUCUCCAGGGCCAGGACUUUAUCUAUGUCUCUGUUAACUAUAGAGUCGCCGCCUUUGGGUUCUUGGGAGGAAAGGAGAUCAAGGCCGAGGGUAGUGGUAAUGCCGGUCUUUUGGAUCAGAGACUUGGGUUACAAUGGGUUGCUGACAAUAUUGCUGCGUUCGGUGGUGAUCCAAGCAAGGUCACCAUCUUCGGUGAAUCGGCCGGUUCGAUGUCGGUGGCUCACCAAAUGAUUGGUAAUGGCGGUGACAACACCUACAAAGGCAAGCCAUUAUUCAGGGCCGGUAUCAUGCAAUCUGGGUCUGUUCUUCCAGUUGGGGACAUUGACUCGGCAUUCCCACAACUGAUAUUUGAUGCUUUUGCCAAUGCUGCUGGCUGCGGUACUGCCUCCGACAAGUUGACGUGCUUAAGAGGCGUUCCUUAUGCUCAAAUUCAAGCAGCGAGUAACUCUGUUCCUGGGAUCUUUUCCUAUGAGUCCUUGCAAUUAUCUUAUAUGCCAAGACCAGACGGUGGUUUUAUUCCCUACAAUCUGAUGCAGAUGGUUGCCGAUGGCAAGUAUGCGAAGGUUCCAUACAUUAUCGGUGACCAAAACGAUGAAGGGACUAUUUUCGGCCUCACCACCUUGAACGUGACUACUGAAGCUGAGGUGAGAUCGUAUGUUAGUAAUAUUUUCCCUGGGAUGUCUUCCUCCUUGUUGGAUCAGUUCUUGACUUUAUACCCACAAGAUGUCACUCAAGGCUCUCCGUUUAACACCGGUGUGUUGAAUGCGUUGUCGCCUCAGUAUAAGAGAGUUGCAGCUUUGUUUGGUGAUGUCGGCUUCCAAGCCCCAAGGAGGUUUUUGUUGAACCACACUCCUGACGUUACUAGAUACACCUUUGAUUCUCAGCAAUUAUCAGGUCUCCCAAUUGUCGGUACGUUCCACGCUAAUGACAUCAUCUGGCAGUAUUUCGUCACUGGAUCAGGAUCCUUGAUCUACCGUAACGCGUUUAUUGCGUUUGCCAAUACCUUGAAUCCUAACAGCGUAUAUAGGGCCACCGACUACCCUUCUCUUUACCAGAACACCAAUGCUCUUGCCAACAACAUGAUGUAUAUCAAUGCCGUGGGUAUUUCCACCGGGAAGGAUAACUACAGACAGGCAGCAAUGAGUUUCCUCAACACUAACUACCAAAACAUUUUAAUGUAA